UAUGGUUCAUUAAUGGCAUUUUCGUUAUUUAAACGACGGCGAAGUGCAUUUUGUAUCAUAUUUCCUCUUUAGCAUAUCCAUAAUCCACUCAUGGAGGUGUAGUUAGAGAUAUUGGUUUCUUUCUUUUUGCAGCUUUAAUGGCGAUCUCGAUUGUAUCCUCAAAGCUCAAUUUUUCAAAUGUAUUUCCAUUCUUAAAUUCAGUAAAGAGUCAUUCAUUAAAGCCAGCGCAUUGCAUGCCGCUCCAACAGAGCCAAGAACAGGAGGAUGCCGGAAUUAUGUGUGAACCUUGCAAAGGCAAAGGAUGGCUGCUUUGUGGUUUUUGCAAUGGACAAAAAACCAACGUGCAAGCAGAAAACAACCGAAUCUACCGUCGCUGUCCAUCAUGCCGAGCUGUAAGUGGUCUCUUCUACUGUUGGAACCAUACAGAAAGAAUUAAACAGUUGAGGCUAAUGACUUUUCUGUUUAUAGAAUGGACAAUGGAAGAUGUUAAGGAAACUUCACCAAACUUUCAUUAACAUAGUAUUCCUGUAUCAGGAUUUGGGAUUGUGGUGGAUAUGUACAUUUCCCAUUUUUGUUACUAGGAAAGU